AUCGCCGAUUGACUACAAACUGAAGGUUUGUCAUGCACUUUCAACGAGACCUUUAGUCUUAUUGCUUCUUCUUCGUGACAUUAGUGUUCGAAUAACCUACGAUCGGAAGAUUUCUGUAAGUAAAAAAGAAAGAGAGAAGGAGAAAAAAAAAGAAAGAAAAACAAUUUUAAAAAUAUUAAAAGUCGUAAGCCAUGCGUGAAUAAAAUAAAAUGUGUUACGACCACAAAUAAAGAUAAAAACGUGACAAUUUAUAGUGUACAACAUGCAUCGUCUCAAAAUACAACGAGAACAACGUCGUCUCUCGUUUUGUUCUUUUUCUAUUUCUAUUUCCGUUCAUUCCAGCUUCAUCUAAUCUGGGUCGACGCGUUAACAACGACCGAUCAAAAUAAUACUUACUUCCAACGUUUAUAUUUAGUCGAUAAUUCAAAAUAACCAUGAACUUUUACGUACUUCCCGUAUAAAAGUAUUAACUUGUUGAAUGUGACACUCACUUCAGUAAUGAUCAUACAAAAUGAACUCUAUUAUCAUACGCGUGUUUAACCAAUCAGUUACUAUACUCAAUAUUUAUUCGUUAUCAAUAUCGAACGAUAUUCUAUAAACGAUAAAAUAUGACAAAAUUAGAUUCAUACCAAGUCGAACAAAAAGAGCCGCUUCUAAAUGCACUCGAGAAGCUCGGCGAAGGUUCCAAUUUUCUCUACUUGAUUUUCAUUUUAACAACGAUACCAACGUUGUUCAAUGGAAUGCAUUCUAUGGCAUAUAUCUUCAUAGCCGAAAUUCCUAAUCACUGGUGCUCCAUACCAAUUCUUACUUCAUCGAAUUGGACUGAUGAACAAAUAAGAAAUAUUUCAUCGGCCAGUUCUUGCACCCAAUACGAUUAUGACUAUGAAUAUUUUGCAAGAAUAGGUUUUGAAGAAGCUCUCAAAUAUAAGAACAAAAAUCAAACAUUAAAGACAACUGAAUGCAACGUUCGAAGUUUUGCACACAACAUACAAGGUACUUCUUUCGUGGAAGAUUGGGAUCUCGUGUGCGACAGAAUGGCUGAUAGAUCCAACACCCAGAUGAUGUUCUCUCUUGGAAAACUCUUAGGAAGCGCAUCGUUCGGUAUUAUUUCCGACAAAUUUGGUCGCAGAUUCUCUUACAUCAUCGGUAUAAUUAUGCUGAUUAUAUCUGGCCCGAUCAGUGCGAUCGUACCUUGGUUCUGGUGCUUCAUGAUCCUUAGAUUAAUAAAUGGGAUGAGCCACGCCGCCAUUUUGUAUCCUUCCUUUACUUUUCUAACCGAAAUAGCCGGUGAAAAGCAUAGACAAUGGAUGGGUGUAGCAUAUAACGCUGGAUAUCCUGUAGGAACAGCAAUUAUGGCUAGUAUAGCAUACGGAUUAUAUGAUUGGCGAUACAAACAAUUGGCAUCGACAUUGCCAGCUUUAAUUAUGCUUCUUUUUAUAUGGCUAAUGCCAGAAUCACCGCGCUGGCUUUUAUCACAAAAUCGUUUAAAAGAAGCCCAGAAAGUGAUCGAGAAAUAUCACGGACCUGUUUAUAAAACAAGCACUAACUCUACAACGACUGCGCAUAAGCCUAUAUUGCAAAUUCAAUUGGAAGAAACGGAAGUGUCAAAUUCCUCGACUCAAGGGCAUAAAUUAAAGAACAGUAUAAAAGGGCUGGUUAUUAUUCUCUUUAACUAUGAAUUGUUAAAAAGAGUAAUGAUCACAAAUUUCGCAUGGCUUACAGCCUCGCUCACUUAUUAUGCCUUAGCAUUAAAUGUAGACAAUUUCUCAGCUGAUCGUUACCUUUACAUUUUUGUGAUGGGUAUCACCGAAAUACCAGCUUACUUGAUACCAACGCCCAUUCUAAUUUAUUUGGGACGAAGACAAGCUUGUGCUAUAAUGUACAGUUUAACGGCAUUGCUUUUAUUCAGUAUUCUUAUAAUACCAGCUACGAAAACUCUAACUAUAAUAAUCGUCGCUCUAACAGGAAGAUUUGUAUUAUCUGCCGUCUACAGCAUUAUGAUACUAUAUACUUCAGAGUUGUUUCCUACGAUUACAAGAAAUUCUGCGGUUGGUAGCAGCUCAGCAAUGUCUCAUGUAGGUAGCAUAUCAUCUCCCUACGUCGCUGAUUUAUUAGGUGUCAUUGCUUGGUGGGCACCUAGUACUUUAUGUGCUUUUUGCGCUCUCCUAUCCGGUCUACUCUCUAUGAUGCUACCGGAAACACGUGGAAGAUCAUUGACCGACACAGUAGACGAAGAAAUCACAAAAGAACGUGGUCUCGUUGAAAUAAAAAAUUGUUUUGUAUGUAAUAGAUAACGAUUCGAUGUAAUAAAGUUGUAUUGAAGUAUAUUAAUUAUUACCAAUACAACGUAUUCAUAUCGAUUAUCUGGGAAAUUCACAAAAAUAUUAAUGCUGUGAAAUCUAUUAUUUUUACUUUCUAAUACAAAUUAAAAUUAAACAACAUUGUAGUGAAUAUAUAGUUGAAUAUUGAAAUAGUCAAUCAAAUUUUAUCAAUGCAAACGUGCGUUCGAUCAUAUAUGUGCGCAUGUAUAUGUAUAUAUAAAUAUAUAUGUAUGUAUGUAUGUAUCUAUAUACACACAUACAUAUGACAACUUAAUUUUUACAUACUCUACAUUACAAUUGUUCUAAUCAAUAUUGUAAUGCAUGAAGUGUUGUAAUGUAACAAGAUGUUGAUUUUAAGAUCUGAAAAAAAUAAUUAAUAAGAUACAAUCGAAUCUAAUAAAAUUGAUAUAUUCACAUA